ACAGUCACAUGACCCGCAAAACUCCCCCAGCCUAUUCGGACGGGGUCUAUAUGCUAGCGGGUGAAGACAGACCGAGUCCCCGAAAGCUGAGUCAGCUUUUUAUGAAGGGAGACGAUGGGCAACAGAGUUCUAAAAAUCGGUCUGCUCUGCUUGCGUUUUUUGGUCAAGUAGUAAGUUCAGAGGUAGUAAUGGCAAGUGAGUCAGGAUGUCCGAUCGAAGUACAUCGAAUUGAGAUCGAGAAAUGUGACGAAAUGUAUGACCCCGAGUGUGAGGGGGGAAAGUCUAUUCCCUUCCACAGAGCGGGCUAUGACAGGAAAACAGGACAGAGUCCUAACAAUCCCAGGGAACAAUUAAACAGAGUUACCAGCUGGAUAGACGGCAGUUUCAUCUACAGCACAAGUGAGGCAUGGAUUACAGCGAUGAGGUCCUUCGAGAACGGAACCCUGCUGAGUGAUGCCUCAGGGAAGUUACCCGUUAAGAAUACUAUGAGGGUGCCACUAUUCAACAACCCUGUACCCAAUGUACUCAGGACUCUGAGUCCUGAACGAUUAUUUUUACUUGGUGAUCCGAGGAGCAACCAGAACCCGGCUCUUCUCUCGUUCGGCAUCCUUUUCUUUCGCUGGCACAACAAGGUGGCUGAAAGAGUGCAGAAGGAACCAGACUGGCCUGAUGAAGAGGUCUUCCAGAGGGCUAGGAGGAUUGUCGCUACACUGCAG